AUGUCCUUCCGUCGCGACAAGUCGAAGGACGAACAAAGAGCGAUGAGAGUUUUUGGUGAGAGCGGUGAGGAAGAUGACAAUCUUGACAUCAUAGAAGCAUCUAGAAAAGGUUUGGACCUCUCACAGUAUAUUGACGUCUUGACUCAAAGCCAGACUCAGUCACAACAGGCUACAGAUGAGGUCACAGAAGACGAAAACGACGAAAACGACGAUAAUGAUGACGAUGCAAUGGAUGAACCAGAACCACGAACUAGAGAUGUCACUAGCUCAGGUACCGAUGACGAUGAGUUGUUAGAAGCCGAGUACGAUCCAAGGGCUUUUCACAAAGAAUGGACAGGACGCAAGACCGAGAAACGGAAGCGUACCAAUGCUGAAACCAACCGGAUUCGCAGUGAAAAGAAGAGUAAAGCAACGGCUGCAACCAGUAUCGUGGGUCGCAGACCUCCACCCAAGAAAAAUGGCUAUGGUCCGACAGGCUUCAGUACCGACACCUUAGCCGAUGAUGAGGGCGCGACAGCUUUCUUGGACGACCCCAUCCCUGACUACUUCAUAUCGCGACAAAAGACACUCAAGAAGUUGCACGAAUCUGGACUGCGAUACCCUCCCAGUUAUCACGACGUUGACUGGUACAACGCGGGCACUGAAGAGAAGCCAAAACUAGACGAUUCCGUGCAACAGCAGCGCGAGAAGAAGGACAUCAGACUUCACGAGUCGCAUGGAAUCAUACCUGGACCCAUCGCUCAAUGGUUGCGCGACUACCAGGUUGAAGGCGUCCAGUUCUUGCAUGAAAAGUUUGUCAAGCAGACCGGUGCGAUUCUAGGUGAUGACAUGGGACUGGGGAAGACUAUCCAGGUCAUUGCAUUCCUCACAGCAGCAUUUGGUAAGACGGGCACUGAGCGCGAUGCAAAAUGCAUGCGAAAGAUCCGUCGACUGGGCAAUGCUCAUUGGUAUCCGCGGAUUCUCAUCGUCUGCCCUGGUACGCUUAUGCAAAAUUGGGAAGACGAGCUCUCAAAGUGGGGUUGGUGGGAAGUCUACAGAUAUCAUGGCUCCAAACAGGCAGAUCGGAAAAGCGUCCUCGGCACUGCCGCUAAGGGCACGUUAGAGAUUAUGAUCACGACAUACACGACAUACCGCAAUCAUGAGAGCGAAAUCAACACCAUCGACUGGGACUGUGUCAUCGCUGAUGAGUGCCAUCAAAUCAAGAGCAAGGACGCCGAGAUCACCAAAGCGAUGAACAAAAUUAAUGCACUAUGUCGCAUUGGGUUGACAGGUACCGCGAUUCAGAAUAAAUAUGAAGAGCUCUGGAACCUCCUCAACUGGGUACGACCUGGCGCAUACGGGUCAGCCCAGGAGUGGAAGCAGAAGAUCAGCCUUCCGCUGAAGCUAGGCCAGGCUCACGAUGCCACCAACGCUCAGCUUGCCGACUCGCGUAGUCGAGCUCAGGAUCUCGUUCACAAUAUUCUACCCAGUGUCUUUCUUCGACGUAUGAAGACUUUGAUCGCUGACCAGCUACCAAAGAAGAGCGAUCGCGUCAUAUUCUGCCAGCUCACCGAGACUCAAGCUGACGCCUAUCGAACCUUCCUUGAAAGCGACAAGUGUGAGUACAUACGCACUUCGAGAGAGAAGUGCGAUUGUGGGUCCGGGAAAAGCAGAGGUUCCUGCUGUUACGCCGAUAUCGAAGGCGAGAAGUGGUCAAACUUCAUUUUUCCCUGUAUGGUCACAUUCCAGAAACUCGCAAAUCACCUGGCCUUGAUCGUGCCAAUGUCACAUGAGAACUCAGAGAAGCAAACCAAAGAUCUCCAAACACUGGAGAUAGCUUGUCCGAACACGUACGACGAUCUUUGGAAGAUUCGCGACAACAUCUUGGUGCAAUCUCAGCGAGAGUUCUGUGGGAAGUGGAAAGUACUGCGGCGACUGCUCGACUUCUGGCACUCGAAUGGCGACAAGGUCCUUAUCUUCUCACAUUCCGUUCGCCUGUUGAGGCUACUUAGAGGUCUCUUUGAUGUCGACGGUACCAAGUACAACUUCUCGUACCUUGAUGGCAGCAUGAAGUACGAAGAUCGUUCCCAGGCUGUUGCAGACUUCAACGCAGAUCCCAACCAGUUCGUAUUCUUAAUCAGCACUAAGGCGGGAGGGGUGGGUCUGAACAUCACGUCGGCUAACAAGGUUGUCGUGAUGGAUCCGCAUUGGAAUCCAGCCUAUGACCUGCAGGCACAAGAUCGAGCGUACCGUAUUGGUCAGACACGCAACGUUGAAGUAUUUCGACUAGUGUCAAGCGGUACUAUCGAGGAGGUAGUGUACGCUCGUCAGAUUUACAAGCAACAGCAAGCGAAUAUUGGUUACAAUGCUUCGGAAGAACGUCGCUACUUCAAGGGUGUGAUGGACCAAUCCACCAAAAAGGGCGAACUGUUUGGUCUAGAAAACCUCUUCACCUUCCAAGAACACAGCGUGCUGCUUCGCGACAUCAUGCACAAGACGAACGUUGCUGAAUCAAAAGCCGGCGUCAACGCUUAUGACUUCCAUGUCGAUGAGUCGCAGUAUGACUCUGAGGAUGAGGACAUACUUUCCAACAAGAAUCUAGGCCUUGAUGACGACGCUAAUAUCGCCGGUAUCAAGAAGUUCGCUGAUUCCAUUCUUUCGACAACCAGUGGCGGCAAGGGCAAGAUGAGAGCCACAAGGCGCACUGGACCUGAUCCAAUCAACGCAAUUCUCGCGAAGGCUGGAGUUCAAUAUACGCACGAGAACUCAGAGGUCAUCGGACGCAGCGAGAUAGAAGCUCGACUAGGUAAACAGGCCAUGGAGGUACGCAACGACAUCGAUCUUGCAGGCAAACGCGUCUUCCAGGGUACGCAGUCGCAAUCUCAAUCGCAGCACCAAUCCAGAAAUCGGGAUGAUGGGGAUGAGACCGACGCUGAAGACGACGAGGUCCAUGUUACUGGUAGUGCGACGAAAGGCGAGUUCAAGAUCAAUUACCGGUAUAGGCCGAGCGAGGAUGUGCGAAAGCGGCAGUUCUGUAGCAUGGCGGAGAGUAUGGGCUUUGAUGAUCCGGUCGAAUUUGCGCUGCUUGUGGAAAGCAGUACGCAAGAGGAGAGGAGGAAGAUGCUCGAGCGCUUCUAUCGUGGGCGGAGGAGACAGAUGAUGGGUGAUCUUGGUACACCGAGAUAG